CCAAAACGUUCAGAUUUCUACAAAACCGCAAACGGUCCCCCUGAUAUCAACAACCCUACCGAAUACCAAUGCCACUCGAUGCUCGUCUGCGAUUCUGAAAGAUUUUAAACUUUAAACCCGUUGAUUAGCGCACAAACACAACGUCGUCAUGGGCAAUAAAUCUUCGCUGUUCCUGCGUAACGAGGAAAUCGCUCAAAUCCAGGAGGAAACUGGCUUUACCCCCAACCAAAUCGAGCGACUGUACUCCCGUUUCACUUCCCUGGAUCGCAACGACUGCGGCACUUUGUCCCGGGAGGACCUUAUGCGCAUUCCUGAGCUGGCGAUCAACCCGUUGUGCGAGAGGAUAGUGCACUCCUUCUUCGCGGAAAGCAAUGACGACCGGGUCAACUUCCGGCAGUUUAUGAACGUCCUGGCCCAUUUCCGACCGCUGAGGGACAACAAGCAGAGCAAGCUGAACAGCCGCGAGGAGAAGCUGAAGUUCGCCUUUAAGAUGUACGAUCUGGACGAUGAUGGUGUGAUCAGUCGGGACGAGCUGCUCUCCAUUCUGCAUAUGAUGGUGGGGGCGAACAUCAGCCAGGACCAGUUGGUGAGCAUUGCCGAGAGGACGAUUCUGGAGGCGGAUUUGUGUUGCCAGGGCAAGAUCUCGUUCGAGGACUUCUGCAAGGCGCUGGACCGCACCGAUGUCGACCAGAAGAUGUCCAUCAGGUUUCUCAACUAAAUUGGUUUUUGGAAACCAAGGAACUAGCAAAGGAGCGAGCUUUUUAGUCAGUGUUUACCAAAUAGUUUAGGGCGAAGUCAGUCGAGGAGCGUGGCGGUGUUUGGGUGAAGUCUCUGUAGAUUUUCAAACAUUCGAUGCGAAAAGGGUCUUAUAUGGAUGAGCUUUUGGAAAAGGUCGAUGUUUAAUCUUCAAGAAAUGUAUAUUUAUGUACUAGCUUCAUACAUUAAAAAUUGUUUUGAGGUCGCAUUGAUUUUGCAACUUAAUAUUUAAAAAAAUUUGAAAUAAAAAACUGAAAACCUUCAAAUAUAGACUCUAAUUUGUAUAAUCUUUUAUGAUUUAAAUGCUAUAAUUUAAUAUUUUAAAACUAGAAGUUGUGUCUUUGUUUUAGAAUCUAUUGAAUUUCCACGCAACCACCGCCAUAAGUUGUAAUUAUUGUUUCUGUGGAGAAAAGUCCAUAAAGUUUUGUUAUUUAAUUGUUUUUUGUUUUCCAAAUAGAAAACUCAUUCCGCUCAGUAAUUUUAAUGGCAUUUUCUGUUUAUCUGCUUUCAAAUAAAAGCCAAGAUGAGUGACAA